CCGGGCCGUCACGUGGGGCCGGCGGGCCCGGGCGUGCGCGGCGCGUUCCGGUUCCGGGCGCGGCGGGGUCGCCAUGGCGAGCAACGCCGCCAGCCUGAACGCCGUGAGGGAGACCAUGGACGUUCUGUUUGAGAUUUCAAGAAUAUUAAACACUGGCUUGGAUAUGGAGACGUUGUCUAUUUGUGUGCGGCUUUGUGAACAAGGGAUAAACCCAGAAGCAUUGUCUUCUGUUAUUAAAGAACUGCGUAAGGCUACAGAAGCUCUGAAGGCUGCUGAAAAUAUGACAGGCUGACAUGGAGGAAGAUCUCUGCAUAAGAAGAAUGCUAAGUUAAACUUACCAGGAGCUCUGAAGAUUGCCACUAUUAAGAAAAAAAAAAAGUGAAAUAAGUGUAUGUGAAGGUUUUACAGUACUUCUGUAAUACUUUUCAAAAGAAUGGUGUAUAUAAUAGCUUUGAAAAGUUUUUUAAAAGUUCACCAGUAAUAUUAUUAUCUGGUAUUUUUGUGAACUGUUUGUGAAUGUAGUGCAAUUGCUCUUCUUUGGCAUCUUGUACAUCUAAAAUCAUGCUAGAUAUUGUACAUUUGUUGAAUUUACUAGAGUGUACUAGCAAAUCUUGUUAUAAUGAGUGUAUCUUUGUUAAUUCAUCCUUUAGGAGUGGUAUUAUAUAAUGGGUUUUAUCUUUUGCUUUGAUGAAAAACUACAUGUGCAAUUUUAGUCUUGCUUUAUGGUCCAGAUAGGAUCGAAGCCCAUGCUGACUUUAUUUUAGAGUAAGAGCAGUAACUUAAGUCCCAAGCUGGAAGUAAUAAAUAAAGCAUUUUUUAAUAAUGUAGGUAAUGAAUUGUGCUUUUGAUUUGGAUUCAAAUUGCUAGGAAAAGUGUUUAACUUAGAUAACAAAAGUUCUUCAGCUAUCCUUGAAGAUAUGUAUGUAAAUUGAAAUUCUAGAUGUUGCAGAAUGUGAUCAGGGAGAUCAGAUGCUACAUUUGUUACACCUGUUCUGACUGCAGGAUCUAAAAAUAUUGAGGCUGUAUUGUUACUGCAAUACAGGAGUCAGUAGAUGCUUCAUGAGAAGCAUCUGAUUUGGUUGAUGAGUACCAGUAAGUCUUAAACAGCUGCUUGAUAGAGAAAUGUCUUCUCAUUUAGCUCUAGAAACCUUCACUGAUGCCAAAACAAGUGUUAAUAUCCAGUAAGUAUCUGUGCACCCAGGAAUUCUACUUUGUAAGAAAAUGGUUUCUUGUGUGUUCUUCAUCUGCUGCUGUGUAAGUUUUUUGGGGUUUUUUUAAAAGGUUUUUUGAUAUUUUGUUAAGCUGUUUUCAAAGUGUAGCAUUAAUGGCACCUAAAGCAACCUGCAGGGUUAACAGGGCAAAGGACAUUUGGAAAUGAACCUGGAAUCUUAGCUAAGCCCAAAGUUAUAUUUGUGCAGAGAUAAAAAGUUCUUUUUACUUGAAGAGUUUACAUCAUAUACGUUUCAGAUCAUAGCUCUACAAAAAGCAGUAAAGGAAGCUAAAUACUUCAUACUGCUGACAAAGAGAAUAGAAAAAUAUUUAUAUUGCACUGAAUCACUUACCUUUACUUCCAGUUCGUCUGGCCAAAAUAUCAUUCUGGGAAGAUUCUGUAAAUGACCAAACUGCAUGAUUUUGAAGUGGUUUCAUGUUGCACACUCAUUUACAAAGGACUUUAAAUGUUCAUAAACUGAAUAUUUACUGUGUGAGAAGAUAUCAACAAUUAACUUUAUCUUAGGAAAUCUGAAAAUUCAGUAAAAUAUCAGGAAAAGUCUAGGCCAGAUCAGCACAAAAAUGAGAAAAGUCUUGGGGAGCAUUCUUGCUGAUUUCCCUUGUGUAACUUAAACUCUGAAAAUUUUCUGUAAACUGUAGCAAAUGUAACCAAAAUAAUAAUGAAAAUAAUAAUGAAACUUUAUUAGAAUA